AUGUUGGAAAUCACCUGCUCCGGAACACCCUAUGAAAUUGGAUUCCGCCACGGAAGCCAGGCCAAGACACUGGUCCAUGGCAGCGUGGAGUUUUAUAUCCAGUAUUUCCGAAAGAAUAGCCAGAUGAGCUGGGCGGCUGCCGAAGACGCUGCCAGCAAGUUCCAUCCCUUCCUUGAGCGACAUGUGCCUCAUCUAGUCGAGGAGAUGCAAGCGAAUGGUGCUGGGCUCUCUUAUGCGGCCGUUCUGGCGCUGAAUGCGCGUACUGAAAUAUCCAUGGGCAUGAUGGACGACGGCUGCACAUCGCUGGCCUGGAAGACGGACAUGUUUAGCGUCGCCGGCCAGAACUGGGAUUGGGAUGUUCCCCAAAAAGCCAGGCUUGUCCUACUGCACAUCAAGCCCGCCCCGGACGGCAGCACGCAGCGGCCGCGCGCCAGCCUCGUCACCGAGGCGGGCCUUCUCUGCAAGAGCGGCAUCAACUCCGCCGGCGUGGGCGUCUUCAUCAACGCCAUCAAGGCGCGCGGCGUGCGCUUCGACGCGCUCCCGCUGCACGUCGCCUUCCGCGUGGUGCUAGACAGCGAGAGCCGCGUCAAGGCCGUGGCGCGGCUGCGCGCGCUCGCGCUCGGCACGUCGGGCCACAUCCUCGUCGCGGACCGCACCGGCGGCACCUCGCUCGAGUUCACCCACCUCGGCGUGCGGCAGCUCGACAUGGCGGACGGCCGGCUGGCGCACACGAACCAUUUCCUGGUCGCGCACGAGCCGCCCGUCGCCGACGCCGUCAUCUUCCCCGACUCGCUGGCGCGCAUGGCGCGUAUCAGCGAGCUGUUGGCGCGCGCCAACGCGAAGCAGGCAGGUGGUGGUGUGGCGUGCUGCGAGCGCAUGCUGCAGGAUGAGGAAGGGUUCCCGACGGCGAUCAACAGGAAGAGGAGUCCGGUGAGGGACAGCGAGACGCUGUUCAGCAUCGUCGCUGAUUUGGAGGCUGGGAUGGCAUAUGUGAAGCUCGGGAGGCCGAGCGAACCGGAUGGGCACUGGGUGCUCAAGCCUGCAGAACUACGCAGACAAGCUUUGGGGUUUGAUAGUCCAAGCGUCGAUGCGGGCGGCCACGCCCGGCGGCAGCGCCGCGCGGAUGCGGUCAAUGUCAGCGCCGGCAAUGGCGUCGCCGAGCUGGGUGGCGAGGACGUCGUCGGGCAGCGCAAAGGCCUGGUCGGCGACGAAGCCGAAGCCGCCGUCCUCGUGGGAGAAGACGGUGAGGGCGGAGACGGGGCCGCAGUCGGGGUUGAUUUGCGUGUGCAGGGCGCCCUGGUCAAAGACGGUGAGCGCGUGCGGACCCAGCUCGUUGCGGAUGACGCGCCCGCCGGCGCCGAGCUCGGGGAUCGUCUCGGUGACGAGCCGCCCGGAGAGGACGACGAGCAUCUCGGCUGCGCGCGGGUGGAUGUGCAGCUUGCUGAUGGAGCAGCCUUGCGAAGCAAACGGGGGGUUAGAAUGCACCGUGGAAGAAACAAACGUACCCGGAAACUGGACGGCCGCGAUGCUGGUGCCGGUGCCGACCAUGGCGGGAAAGGUCUGGCGGUUCGCGAUGGACUGGUAGUUGUUCUGGCUCAGAUCAAAGACAAAGUCCUUGUCGUCGGCCAAGAUGCUGUAGCGCUCGACAAAACUGUGCGCAGAGAGUUUAGUUGA